CUGUUUGGAUGUUUAUGGACGAUUCUUUGGCUUACGCUUACAUCAAACUCACCAGCUCAAGACUCGCGUAUCUCACAGUCGGAGUUACUUUUUAUUACACAAAAUGGAGAGGAAAAUUCGACAAAAGAAAAAUUUGUAAUUCCGUGGUGGUGCAUCUUAACGUCUGUACCAGUAUGGGCAUUGACUAUAUCAGUAGCGUGUAAGGCGUGGGGUUUCUUUGCUCUGUUAAGUCAUUUGCCACAGUUCGUUAAAUAUUGUCUAAAUUAUGAUCUCAAAGACGCAGGAUUUGUAUCAGCUAUGCCAUAUUUGGCUAUGUCUGUGUUACUUCAGCUCACUGGACGGUUCUCCGAUUAUAUCGAAGGAAAGCAAGUUAUUACUACUACCAAUGUGAGAAAGCUUCUAGUAGUUGGAGGACUGCUGGUCCAAUGCGUUUUUAUGGUGCUCGUCGUCCAUUGGUUAUCCAUCUUUGGCAGCAAUUUCUGCCUUAUUAUGGCUGUAGGUUUGGGAGGUUUGCCGAUGGCUGUUUUUACGGUUAAUCCUCUAGAUCUCAGUCAAAAAUAUGGAAGUAUUAUCGGAGGUAUAGCACAUACAUUUGGAACUAUUUCUGGGAUUCUAGCUCCAACUUUAACAGGAUAUAUCGUUACCGAAGAAACCAACGUAGAACAAUGGCGCCUUGUGUUCUACAUAGCCAGUUGUAUAUAUUUAGUUGGAGCUAUAACCUUUGGAGUUUUUGGAUCCGGUGAGCAACAACCUUGGAACAAUUCUAACAUUUUACCUAUUGAUAAAGAGACGAAUGAAGUACAAUGUUACGAAAACAAAGACUUUGAGUCCGAAGUAGCGUCUUAG